AGAUCAAGAAAGCAUAUGAGUUUUCUUGGAGGCUUGUUUGGUCCCAUUUGUGAGAUUGAUGUUGUUCUUAAUGAUGCAGAAUCACGAAAAACAGCUGAAAUCAAAACAGAAGAUGGUAAAAUAGAAAAACAUUAUUUGUUCUAUGAUGGAGAAUCUGUUUCAGGAAAGGUGAAUCUAGUCUUUAAACAACACGGCAAGAGGUUAGAGCACCAAGGAAUUCGAAUUGAAUUCGUAGGACAAAUCGAACUUUUCAAUGAUAAGAGCAAUACUCAUGAAUUUGUAAAUCUAGUGAAAGAACUGGCCUUACCUGGUGAAUUAACACAAAGUAGAAGUUAUGACUUCGAAUUUAUGCAAGUUGAGAAGCCAUAUGAAUCCUACAUCGGUGCCAAUGUCAGAUUGAGGUACUUCCUUAAGGUGACAAUAGUAAGAAGAUUGUCAGACUUGGUAAAAGAGUAUGACCUUAUUGUUCACCAGCUUGCAACUUACCCAGAUGUUAACAACUCUAUUAAAAUGGAAGUUGGCAUUGAAGAUUGUCUGCACAUAGAAUUCGAAUACAACAAAUCCAAGUAUCAUUUAAAAGAUGUGAUUGUUGGAAAAAUAUACUUCCUCUUAGUAAGAAUAAAAAUUCAGCAUAUGGAGUUACAACUCAUCAAAAAGGAGAUCACUGGAAUUGGGCCCAGUACCACAACAGAGACGGAGACUAUUGCAAAGUAUGAAAUAAUGGAUGGUGCACCAGUUAAAGGUGAAUCUAUUCCCAUCAGACUCUUCUUAGCAGGCUAUGAUCCCACUCCUACAAUGAGAGAUGUGAAUAAAAAGUUUUCUGUAAGAUACUUCUUGAACUUAGUGUUAGUAGAUGAAGAAGAUAGACGGUACUUCAAGCAACAGGAGAUCAUUCUUUGGAGGAAAGCUCCUGAGAAACUAAGAAAACAACGAACCAACUUUCACCAGCGGUUUGAAAGUCCAGAACCACAGGCAUCUGCAGAGCAGCCUGAAAUGUGAACUGGGUAUAAGGGGUGAAAGAACUGUUGAUAGAUCAGCAGGUUAAAGGUGGCAACAGCCUGUAGGGAAGAAGGCCAAAAUUCACAUUACAACAGUCUUCCUCAUCUUACAGUGCUGCAUUUCCCACAUUACUAAAACAUUCUUCAAAUAAACAUUCAAGCGUGUAUAUACAUUUAAAAAAGUGCUUUCUCAAACACUGGAACUUUCUUAAGCUAUUUUAUACUGCACAUUUUACUUUUGUCUGGUGUGAUGCACUCAGAUAUGCAUAAAGCUUAAAAAGUCUAGUUAUGUGUUUCCAUGCAUGUAGGCUGGUACAUUUAAGUUUUGCUUAUCAUUGAUGAUAGACUAAAGCAUUUCCUCUUCCUACACCAUAUUUCAUACAUACAUAUCAUACAUACUUCCUCAAUGUCUGUUUUCUGUAUCCUUGGAAACUUAUUAAAAUAUGAUGUACUAAAAUGACAGAUUCAGGGUUUAUGAUGAGGUUUCCCUGAAAAUCAGUGCUUACCCCAGGGAAGUAGGUGAUAUGUACAAAAUGUUACAUACUUGAGAUAGGUCUGUGACCAUACUAUUGUUUUAAGAACCCCUUACCUUUCUAAGGAAUGUGCAUAAGCAAGCUUCUUUCUGAAAUUAGCUUUAUAAAGAGGGUGGCUGCUCUUCUCUUUUUUCUUGUUAGCUCCUCCAUCCAAACUCUAUUAUCAGGUUCCAAUGUCCCUGAAGGCUCAUAUGCCCGGUGUUAAAAUAUUAAAUUCUCCUAUUCAAUCCUGUUUUGAUGGAGGGGGUAUAUGAGAGAAAAAAUUUUAAUAUAGCUUUUACUGGUUACACUGUUGAAAUCUGGGUCACAUGCACAAAAAAUAAUUUUGCACUUUCACCAUCAUCCUUGAGACAUCCCCCAGAUAUGGAAAAACAUCCAUUUUCCACUGUCAGGAAAUCUAUGCUUGGAAAAAGGUGUAUUGAGUCCCAAUGAGGUGUUAGAAUUCUGUGUAGUAAAAGAACUUCUAUUUUGUCUUUAUUCUGUCACUGAAUGAAUUUUGUGUCAUUGGACAAACCUUGUUAGUCUCCAUUUGAUCAUAAAUAAGCAUGUAGCUUUCAGAAAACACACUUUUUGCUUUGGGCACAGCAUGGAACCUGCUGAAUAGAAGGCAACUUGCAUUUAUAUUUCACUUGGCCUAUCUACCAAGAAUGUCUCUAAACUUCAGUGCAAGUGUUAUUGGUUACCUUACUUUAUGAGUAAGCAAAAUUACUAAAUUAUACUUCUGUAAGAACUGUUUUAUUAUUAUGGCACUUUGAUAAAGCAGUCAGAGAUGCUAUGUGCUGGGAUAUUUCUCUUAAUAUGGAUGUCUAUGAGUGAGAGAAGUUAAUUCCCUCAUGUAAGUGCCUGUUCAGAACUUCAAACAAAAAUGCCAAAUAUUUUCAUGGACACUUGCAUGCUGCAAUCUGAAAACUAUUCCAAGAAAUUUUGAAAACUGAUUGUAUUUAACCAGCCUCAAAUUGUGCAACUGUGUAUAAUAGAUAUAAUGAACUGCUAUUUGAAUUAUUAAAAAAUAGCUGUAUUCUCACUAAAA